GACUGCCUCCCUGUCUUCCCUUUUCUCUGCUCGCUUCUCCGUCAUUUCACUCUGCUGCGCUUGCUGAAUCCCUCCCUCCUCUCCCAUUCCUUAUUGUCUUUCCCCCAUUCCCUCUACCCGCAUUCCUUCUUCUCCCUCAUCUGCACGUGUCUUCAUCUCCUGCCUCCACGUGGCAGCGUUUGGACUGCUCGAGAACCAUCCGGUGGCUGUGCAAAUUCAUAUCCGCAUCAGCAACGGACGUGCCGUUCAUAUCGGCAUCAGCAACGGACGUGCAGCUCACUCAGGGCGCCACCCGCCCCUUCUUCAUGCGCACCGUGGCCAGCGAUGGCGUGCAGAUGGCCGCCAUGGCAGGUGGGGAUGAAGCGUGCCAGAUUCCAGGUGGGGAUGAAGCGUGCCAGAUGCCAGAGCUGAUCAAGCACUACAAGUGGCAGCAAGUGGCGCUCAUUUACAGCGACGACCGCUUCGGCCGCAAUGGAGUGGCUGCACUCACCUCACAGCUUAUCACCAUCCGUGCGGAGGCGGAUGUGGCAGUGCGGGUGGCCAUCCCGCUGUCAGCCACAGACGAGGCCAUUCACGACUACAUAUCCUCCCUGGUGCCUCUAGACGUGGCGGUCUACGUGCUGCACGCCUCCGCCACUGUCUUCUCUACCGUUGUUGAAGCUGCCAGGAAGUUGCGGCUGUAUGCGCGGAGCAGCGUUUGGAUCGCCUCGGAUGCAGCAGCUGCCAUGAGUUUCACGUUCAACCAACACUUGGAUGGCCUAAUCAUCACAACCACCCACUUGCCCUCCUCCCCACACCUCUCAUCCUUCCUGGAUCGCUGGAAGCACCUCAAUGCCUCGCAGUACCCUGGACUCUCCAAAGAGAUGCCAUCCCCAUACGCGCUCUCGUCCCACGAUGCUGUCACCCUCGUUGCACGGGCACUCCACUCUCUGCUCUACCCCUCCCCUCCUGCAUCGACCAACUCCUCCUCUCAUGCACUCAAGCAGACGCAGCAGCGGAAUAUAAGCCCCCAGCAGCAGAGUAUAAGCCCGCAGCAAGAGCGGCAGCAGCAAAAGAGAGUGCAGCAGCAAGCAGGGCCGCAGCAAGAAGGGGAGGGGGGGGCAUUCCAGCAGCUGGAGCUGCCGGUGCUGCCGUCCCUCCCCAACGGCACCCAGGAUGCCCUUGCCCCACCACUCACCCGCCUGCAACGAAGUGCAAUAGGACCGGCACUGCGGAAAGCUCUUCUCAAGACCAGCUUCGACGGGCUGCAGGGCAGGAUCGCACUAACCCCACAUGGCGACCUGGCAGCAAGCGAGAUCCGCAUUUUCAACAUCCAAAAACGGGCCCCCAUGGAAGUGGCCCUCUGGUCCUCCUCCCUCGGCCUCGUCCCCUCCUCCUCCCGCCCACCCCCCCAAUCUGCCCCGCCUUCCACCGCUUCCCCUGCUCCGCGCCCAGGGCCUGUCGCAGUCCCCAGCACACAGUGCCGUUGCCUCCCUGCUUUAUUUGACCGUUCUAACUUGUGUGAAUCAGUGCCGUUGCCUCCCUGCUGUGCCGCGCAGACUCCCAAUGCUCUUCCCAUCAUCUUCCCUGGAGGGCUCACCCAGGUGCCAACAGGAUCAUUCCCCAAGACUCGCCUUCGAAUCGCAGUGCCGAAUAAACAGCAAUACAAGGAGUAUGUGAACGUGUCAGACGCCCUGGGCGAGGGCAACAGCCGCUUCUCAGGCUACUGCGUGGAGGUGUUCCGCCUGGCCAUUACACGGUUACCCUACAAGCUCGACUACGAGUUUGUGCUGUACGGUGAUAAGGACCUCAGCUACACUCAGAUGGUGCUGGCUGUCGCCAACAAGACGUACGAUGCAGCAGUGGGGGACAUUACAGUGCUGGACUCGCGGAGCAAAUUCGUCUUCUUCACCCACCCCAUCCAGGUACCACCUACCCCAUCCAGGGUCCAGUUUCUGACUCAUCAUCACUCUCUUAUUGCUGCUCUCCCCUCCCUUUCCCUCUCCCAGCAAUCUGGGCUGGGAGUCAUGGGCUUCUCGCGGCCGUACAGCAACCCCUGGAUGGUCUUCUCUCCGUUCACGGCCUCCAUGUGGGCGGUCACGGCCGCCAUCUGCCUCACCACGGGGCUGCUCGCCAUGAUGCUGGACCGGCAGCGCACGCCCGACUUCCAGGGCCCGCUGCAGACGCGCCUCAUGACGGCCGUGUGUGCAGUGCAGUGCAUUGCCACAGGGCUCCCCCCCUCCCCCGCCCCGCCCUGCUGCUGGACAGGCAGCGCACGCACGCCUGGCUCCCAGAGCACGCUGCAGAGUUGCGUCAUGACUGACAGCCGUGUGGUAUGGCUGCCACACAUUCUUCUCCAUUCCUGUGUUCCGCAUCAGAACGACGCUCGCAAGGGUGGUCGUAUGUAUCUGGCUGCUACUGGCCUUCAUAAUAGCCAACUCCUACGUUGCCAGUCUCACCUCCAUCCUCACAGUGCAGAAGUUCCUUCCCCAAAUCCUU